GUCGGGUUCGCGCAUGUGACGGCGUUUCGCCAUUUCGUCGUGAGAAAGAGAGGGCGAAAAUGGUGUACGUGAGUCACACGGGGUAGCGCGCUAUGAAGGAAAAUCUUGGCGGCAAUUCUAAGACGGUUAUGCUUGCUACCAUUUCCCCAGCUAAUGUUAAUAUUGAUGAAACUCUGGCCACAUUGCGGUAUGCUUGUCAAGCGCGCACUAUAGUCAAUCGGGUGAAAGUGAACGAGUCACCUCACGAUAAAAUAAUUAGGGAAUUACGCGCGGAAGUGGACCGUCUGAAAUCACUACGGAAUGAAUAUGAACGCCAGCGUCGUCUGUCGGCCAAUAGUAAUCCGACGCCAAGAAAAAUUAUCAUUGAAACAUCAGUUGAUGAGAGUGAAGUUGAAGCUUUGCGGCAGCAAUUAGCCGAACGCGAAAGAGAGUUGGAUAGAGCUCAAAAGUCAUGGAUGCAACGCUUGAAAGAAGCUGAAGACCAGCGAAAAUCUGAAUUGCGGCUUCUUCGGCGUAAAGGGCUGGCAUUGGAAUUAUCAACGGAUCAAAAGCAUGCGUGUCUUGUAAACUUGACUGCAGAUGCCAUAUUUAGCAAUACACUAUUUUAUAUUUUACCACCUGGACAGGUGAAAAUAGGUCGCACACGCACAUCCACCUAUUGCAGUCAGCCGGAUAUUUUACUCGACGGCCCAUUGGUUGCCUAUCACCAUUGUAUAAUUGAAAAUAACGACAGCGAGCUGUUUAUAAUACCUCAAAAUAAAGAUUUCGAAACUUAUCUAAAUGGUGAUCUUGUGACUGAGCGUCGUAAAAUGUUGCAUGGAGAUCGCUUGGUGAUCGGAGGUACACAUUAUUUUCGAAUAUCAAACCCGUUUUGUUCGCAGCGGAGUAAAAAUGUGGUGGUCGAUUUCCAAAUGGCACAUGAAGAGAUCUUAUACAAACAGGAAGAGAAACUUCGUUGCGAAUUGGAAGAAGAAAAGCGUGCGGCCUUGUCGCGCAUAGAGUUGGAACGUGCGGAAAACGAGCGAAACUUCAAGGAGCGCAUGCAAAAACUUGAGUUUGAACAAUUAACAUAUAAGUGUAAUAAAGAAAUACUGGAGACGGAAAGAAAAGCAUUUCACGAAGAGGCCGAAAUUAGCAAAGACAAAAAUGCCAUAGACGCAUCUUAUACUCCAACUUUUAAAUCGAAUUUGCUUGACGACAUUAAUAAUAUAAUGCAACACCCCAGUGAAAAAAGUCUACAUAAUACACAACUUAUGGUAAAGGAAGCAACCCAACGGUGUAGAAGUUUGGGUCUACAAACAGAGUUUCGACAUUCGCAAGUACUUGACGAAUUUGGCAUAUUCCACACCAUCGUGAUGCUACGUGAUAGGACCCUUCGUCGUAAAGCCGAAUGGCCUAUUGCCAGACUAGGAGUCUGGCUUGAUAUGGUGCGUAAUAGCGAAGACUUGACAGCUGAAAAUGUGUUUAAUUGUGUGGAUAUGAAUUGGGAGCCAUUAGAAAAUGAUGAAAACACAACAUUAAAUGAUUCGCUCAACUCGAGUCGAAUUUCAUUAAAUUUAAGCAUUGUUAAAGAUGCUUUAUUGAAAAAGCCGCUAAAGAAAUUGCAGUUAUUUGAUACUUCUUCACAUUCUCCUUCACAUAUCGGUCCGCCGUCUUUAGUAAAACGACAAAGUUUUGUUCAGUCGCCGCUAACAGGAAGAUUUAUAACGAAAAAAGUCUUAAACUAUGAUGAUUGUGUUGAAUCGUCACCAGCUCGUAAACCAAAUACAUCCGAUAAUAUAAUUUCACCUGCUGCUGUAAAUUCUAGUAAUUUAAAUGCUGAUUUUACCGGUUUAGCAUUAACGCAUCUGCACAGCAUGGAGUGCUCAGCUUCACGCCUAAGAUUGCUCUGUAAUCGGUAUAGAAAUGAAGGGGAAAAUGUACCCAACAAAAACUUUGAAGAGCAGCAAACAUUUUUGCAGGAGUCACUAUAUGAACUGGAAAAAAUACUGCAUGGAAUGCGCUGCUCUCUUAGUCGGAGUGAGCCAAGUGAAGGCAACGAGAUGACGACAUCCGAAAUGCAAAAAGUAGUUCGAUUUCUUAUAGAUUAGUAUAGUCAAUUAUUUUUUAUAUUAUUGUUGUUUUUACUACUAAAAACUUUAUAUUAUUUCAG